UUUUGAGACUUAUCACCAAGAGGCAGAGUCCUCAGUUUCCAAACCCUCUACCAAAGAUGACUUUAAACAAUUGACUGAAAGAGUCUUCAACUACACUUGAAUACGUUCUUUUCAAGUCAGCCAUGGCUCAGGAGGAGGAUGAAGGGCUGACGGUCGAUGGACCUAAGGAGGUGGACAUGUUCACAUCUGUACGUUGCCUGGGUUACCUGUCCAGCGUCAACCUCCUUGUUGCAGUGUGCAUCGGCAUGUACGCACGCUGGGAGGUGACAGACGAGCCAAUGAUCCUGGUCAUCUUCAUUCUGGGCCUCUUUGUCCUGGGGAUUGCCAGCAUCCUCCAUUACUACUUUGCCAUGGAGAAAGCCAGUCUCAGCUUGUUCCAUUUGUGGUUUGGCUUUUUGAUUGGCCUUCUCUGCUUCCUAAACAGCCCCGCCUUGGAUUUAAACAUCAAAGAAGUGGUCACUAAUUAUCUCCUCCUGGCCAGUGUGAUCAUGAAAGCAGUAUGGGCUUUUACUGAGCGAAUAUGCAGCUCCAUCCGCUACAAACCCACCUUGCUUACGUCGGCCGAGCUACUGGAGCUCCUUGGAUUUGGCAUUGCCAGCACUACCAUGCUUCUUCAAAAAUCAGCGGCCAUAAUAGGCUUGGUCGUGGCCCUCGGGGCUCUCAUUGUGGACCUGAGGAUGAAAUCCCUCCUGGCUUUACCAAACCUGGCCAGUUUUGCCUUGGUUACAUCCCUUGUGUUUUUUCCGGCCCUUGGAAUCGCCGCUAACCCGUAUGCAUUAGGGUGCUACAUGGGCAGGCUACUGUGUGAGCCCAUGUUGGACGUGUACUUCAGCGGGCUUGGGUCCAGUGAGCGCUGGGUACCAGUGCUCUCCAUGGGGAAAGUGUGGAGGAGGCUGUCGCUGCUGCCUCUCUGUCUGAUGGAGCUGACUUUCUUUGUCCUGGCUGCCUUAAAGCUUGGCCACUUGGAGCUGUGGUAUCUGGUGAUUCCAGGCUUCUGCUUGUUUGGCCUCUUCUGGUCCAUCUGCCACAUUAUUCUGGUGAUCACAAUAUGGGGCUUCCACACCAAGCUGACUGAAUGUCAGAAGGCCUGGCGUGCUCAGCGGUCCGGUAGCAGGAGUCUCAACCAAGUCAUGGCCUCGAGGGGCAUCCGACACUUCUGCCUUAUUUCAGAGCGCCUGGUGUUCUUUAGUAUGCUGUCAACAGUUGUACUGGGAGCGGUGUCCUGGCAGCCCUCCAAUGGUCUCUUCCUCAGCGCUCUGCUGGUGGUGCUGCCUCUGGAGUCUCUGACACACGGCCUGUUCCACGAGCUGGGCGGCUGCCUGGGGGGAACCUGCGUUGGAUACGCCCUGGUCAUACCUACAGCUUACAACAGCCCUGAUGGCCAGCCCACACUCCUACCACCUGAGCACGUGCAGCAGCUCAACCUACGCUCGACGGCAAUGCUGAACAACGUGCAGCGCCUCUUUUCACACCACAUGAUCCAGACAUUCGGCUGCGACUACUCCACCAGUGGUGUUACGCUGGAGGCUGUGCUGGCUAAGCUGCGCAACUUCCUGGAGCUGCGAACAGAAGACGGGCCCCGUCAUGACACCUACCUGAUUUUCUACAGUGGGCACACACACAAAGGCACGGGGGCGUGGGCUCUGGCUGGAGGGGAGAGCCUCCACCUGGCCCAGCUGCUGGAGCUCUGGAAGGAGAAGAAUGCUGGCCACUUUUCCCGUCUCAUCCUCGUCCUGGACACCGAGAACUCCCUCCCCUGGGUGAAGGAGAUACGCAGGGUGGAGGGCGUCUACAUCGCCGUGCAGGGGGCUGAGCUGUCUGUAACCAGGGUGGACCCGGAGGCCGGAGAACUCCCCUACCUCGGCGACUUCACUCACGAAUGGGUCGAGUUCAACUGCAACCCAGACAGCGACACCCAAUGGUCAGAAAAGGGAAGGACAGUCACGGCAGUCUACGGUGUGUCCAAACGCUGGAGCGACUACACGCUUCACCUGCCCACGGGGAGCGAUGUGGCCAAGCAUUGGAAGGCCAACUUUCCCAAGGCUACAUAUCCCAUGGUGCACCUCUCCAACUGGUGCUGUGGCCUCAACCUGUUCUGGUUGUGCAGUGUGUGCUUGCGCUGCUUCAGGAGGUGUAAGCUAGCUUGGUUCCCACCAGCUGUACUGGACACUGGGCUGGGCAUCAAACUAGUGCACUCAUAGGAAUGAGGAUGGAACAUUUUGAUGUUGGAACUGUGUUUAUUAACAAUGGGGUGCAAGGUGUUUGUAGAUAAGAAUACAACUCUCCAAUAUUCAUGAUCAGAAUAAACCCUUUUAGUAAAAUGUGGCCUGGGAAAAUAAAUAUAAAAAUAUAUUUUUUGAUGUUCUGAAAGGAGCUAUCGUAAAGGUAAUUGAAACAUAUUGAGUGCAUUAAGUGGCUAAUGUUUUGUUAUAUAGGACCAAACAACAAGGCAUCAAAUCAUUGUAGUUAUAUAGGUUUAUGGUAUUUUUGGCCUGCGUGCGAUUACGUUUUUUUUUAACAUUAAUUGGUCAUUACUGCAAUAUUUUUUUACUUUGGAACGGUUUUUGAUCAUCUUUUGAUUUUUUUGUAUUCACAUAGUGCCUUUAAAAAUGGAUUAGGGGUUAUCUUUUACAUAAAUUCCAUGUGUUUUUUGCAAUAUAUUUUCAAUACACAGCCCUGUCUUGCCUUUCAUUUAUAUUCUAAGGAUUUAGCUCACUCUCUUAACUAGACUGUGGGUGAGGAGGGGCUCGGCGUCUUCAAAAGAGUCGUUCGACAUUAUUGACAAAAUGACUGUUGUGGGGCGGAACUCGGUGACCUUCUGGUUUCAGGAUGUCCUCACAGAGAUUCAAGCCUGCCGCUCUUGCUGUGGGAUUUUUGCAUAUUGAAUCAGAAGUGUUUUUAUAUGUUUUAUUACUGGACUGAACAGAAAAGUAAGCAUUGUGCCACAUACUGUUUUUUUUUUGUUUUUUUUUACACAAUUAUUUCAAGUGAAGGAAGUAAUUGUUCAGAAAAAUGACAUCGCUUCAAGUUGAAUGGCUAUGUUUUGAAAAAGCUACUUGUUAUGUAAGAAGCUCUCAAGCGGUGUACCGACUAUAGGAACCUAUAUUAAAGAUCUUUUAUUUCCUCGUCUGUUUGCCCUCUCUCCAACUCUGGAGUGAUUCCAUGCCUUAAAGUUUCUGUUUCACUUUUGAUGUCUCCAAUAGACACAUCAAUGGCUUUUUCCCUUCAUGUAUUGCCUCAUGUGCCUGACUUGAGCUGUGGCUGACAAAUGUCAAAUUAAAACUUGUAUGAUAAA